UCGCGGCUAUCCAAGUGUUUGCCAUGGGAUAUCGACCCUAUGAGGCAACUAUGAGUGUGACUCUAAUAGGUACGAGGAACACACCGAGGACAUAUGCAUGCCAGCGGCACCCGUGCGUCGCCGCGGAUUCAUACAGCUCGGUCCCAUCAGCCGAGCAUGGUCCUUCGUCCGCGCUUGGCCAGGAAUGACAGAGGGAUGCGUGGAGAACAGGGACACAGGAGAGGGACACGGACACGGAGUCGACGCCCCAGACCAGGUCGCAACACAACAUUCCAGAUCCGGCGGCGCCCAUCAAUCUGCCGUGACCCGACUCGCGUCCGAUCAGGAUCGUACGUACCCGCGGGGCAUCUCCAGCCCCCCUCUCCCGCCCCUCUCCCGCCCCUCUCCUCGAAGUCAUCGCCGCCAACAGCUCGAGGUCGCGCAUGCACCGAGGCAAGCGUGAGGAAGGAAGACAGACAACGCUCGCGUCGGCAUGUGGGGGUGGCUCUCGGAAGCCCCAGAAUGGCAACCGGCUAUGCAGCGCUCGGCAUCCGCUGGCAUCCGCUGCGGGCACAGCGGGCAGCACUGCAACGGCCCACAGGCGCGUCAGCUGCUCCCAAUUCCGCCCACCGCUCCUUUCUUUCUCUCACCUUCAUCUUGACCACCACCUGCAGCCGGGCUGCCAUUCACUCAGCUCCCACAUUUCUACCCUUGCUUGCAGUCGCUUUUGCUUUCUCUUCUCGCCGAUAUGUUCUCUACGACCAAGAUCGCUAACUCGAGCCACACGACAGGCUUUCGUCGAGCUGUCAAUCUACCCUCGCUCAGCUCGUUACGUCCACCGAGACGACAUGCUUG